UUAUUUUUUAUAAAUGGUGGUCAUCAAAUUUGCCGUGGAGUGAGUGACGUUUUUACGGUGAUUUUUUUUGAGCUAGACUUUGAUUGUGCUAAUAGAAUUAUGCUAUAAAUGUGCCCUAGUUCACAACUAAAACUAAGACUUAUUGUAAUUCUUAAAAUUUAUAGUUUGCUGGAAGUUUGAAAUAGUUUCUUACAAUGGCUGCAACAAGAAGACUUCAAAAGGAACUAACUGAUAUAAGACAGUCUGGACUAAAAUCAUUCAGAGACAUUCAAGUUGAUGAGUCAAAUAUUCUUACAUGGCAAGGACUAAUUGUACCGGACAACCCCCCAUACAACAAAGGUGCCUUCCGCAUUGAAAUCAACUUCCCAGCAGAGUACCCAUUCAAGCCCCCCAAGAUUAGCUUUAAGACCAAGAUCUACCACCCCAACAUUGACGAGAAGGGCCAGGUGUGCCUCCCCAUCAUCAGUGCUGAGAACUGGAAGCCGGCUACAAAAACUGAUCAAGUAAUUCAAGCAUUAGUGGCAUUGGUAAACGACCCUGAGCCGGAACACCCACUGCGCGCGGAGCUCGCCGAAGAGUACCUUAAAGACAGAAAGAAAUUCACGAAAAAUGCGGAAGACUUCACUAAGAAACAUAGUGAAAAACGGCCUACCGACUAAGCUUGGCAUUUAUUUUAACACGCAUACAUAGAUUGAUUGUCCAGUGAUACUGUUGUCUUAAAUACACGAGAGUUUCCUAUAUAAGUGUGCUUUUUAUUGUUACUAAAAUAUUUUCUUGUUUAGAGUUGGCUAGAUUGCGGUAUGUUGAUAUUAGAGGUGUCACUGUACUUCCCUUUCAAUUUGAAUGUUUUAGCUUCAGCUAGUUACGGUCUGGUACACUUUUGAGGACUCAUUUCAUUGACAAAUUAAAAGAAAUUGUUUCGAAAUAUAGUUAACGAUGUGUAGUACCUAGAUCAUGUGAUAGUGCUGUGCAAAUAAAUGUAAAUACAUUUUGUAAACACUAUUGAAUGUAAAGAUUGCAUACAUGCAUGUAACUAACUCUAUAAAAAAUGCAGUUCUUGUAGAUACCCUAGCUUGAUAAUUGUUUUUUACUUUAGCACGAGUUGAAAUAUUAGAAAACUAAUUGUACAAGCAUCGAUUUUGAUUAAUGAUAUCUUGCAUUUGCAUGACCACUUACAGCAUCACAUUUUUCACUAACCACUCGCAAAUACCUAGUUCUUGGCCAUUUUCUCGGCCGAUAUUAUAAUAUUGUUUCUUUAUCUGCACGGGUAAUACCCAGUUAUUAUCUCUGAAGUACCUCCACGAUACAUACCAUCAUUGUUUUUAUUUUUUGGCGGUGGUUUUAUUUUCAUAGUAUGUAGUAUGUGUCUUUUUUAUUUAUAAUCAAUUCCAUUUACUAAACAAGCCCUUGUGAUUCUUGAUCUUGAGUAUCGUGACUGUACUUAGAUGGCUUUUAAAUUUUUCACUUAGGUAUGCUUAGUUCCCUAAGAACGUAUAAAUAAAUAUUUUUCCGAAUUA